AUGGACGGAAGGAAAACCGAAAACCACAAUUUGAAUAGCAAAAGUAAAGAUAUUGUUACUACUCCAGAGGGACAGGACCAUCAGGAGUCGUUGGUAGUAGGUGGAUCUGGUGUAAAAAUCAGGUCCAACGGAGCGGGCUUGCUACUUUCGUUACCAGUCAACCGUGACAAAUCAGAUGAGGGGGUGUCCAGCAUGGCCCCGGAUUCCGACAAAAAUGCUAUUGCUGAGACAGACGUGCUUCCGGGUACGCACAAGAGGGAUAUGUUGUAUAUUAUACACCAUAGAGUAAGAGAAAUAUCACGCCUGAAAAUCGAAGACACUAUAUUAAUAAAAAUCAAUUUGGACUUAUUUAAUGCCCAUGAUACCGGUGAAAAAGUAGCUGUAGCUACCAACCUGACCUUACCCGACUACAAACGAAAACGAUCAUCUUAUGAAGAUGAUGAGCAUAAUAGAAAACUGUCUCGAACCUCAAGAGCCGCACUCGAUAUCCAUCAUGUCAUCGGUAAGUACCUAAUACACGCGUCAACGACAGGAGACAUAAGAACAAAAUAUACAAAUAUCUAUACAGUCAAUAUCAGUGCUAAACUAUUUUAG